AUGGGAAAUAAUUGUGGAGGACAAUGCACUGGCUGCUAUAAAAGGGAUCUAGAAAUUGUCAAAAGUGAGCAGUAACAAAUUUUAUCGGAGAAACCAAUUGAAUCUUCUAGUAAACGCAGUUCAAAAAAUAAUGUUUAACAGAAUACAGUUUAGAUGGGUAGCAAGAGUGAUUUGAUGUAAAAACCGAUUACAAAGAGCGUAGUUGAUAUGGUAGAAGACAAGUAAAAGAAGACAAAAGCAAUAGUUAAAAUAUAAUCUCAUUGGAGAGGAUAUAAAGUGAGAAAAGAAGUCUAUUCAAUGAUAAAGAGUCAAACAAGUGUUAGCAGUCAGGUUAGCAAAUCAACAGGCAGUUAUUUUGACAGAUUGGGAAAUGAGUCAAAAUCGUAGAAAUUACUUAAAUUAUAUAAUGGACAAUGGUUAGGAAAUGAGAGACAUGGGUAAGGAAUUUAGAAGUGGCCAGAUGGAGCCACUUAUGAAGGGGAAUGGUAACAUAACAAAGCGAAUGGCAAAGGCAUAUUUCGUCAUGCAGAUAAAAUAGAAUAUGAUGGACAUUGGAGGAAUAACAAAGCAUGUGGAUAUGGGAUAUUGAAAUCACCUAGUGGAGCCUAUUAUGAAGGAGAAUGGGAAGAUGAUUUGUAGCAUGGAUUUGGAAAAGAGAAAUGGGCUGACGGAUCAUUUUAUGAAGGUCAAUAUGUUAAAGGUAUGAAAUGUGGAAAGGGCAAAUAUGUCUGGAGUGAUAACAGUUAUUAUGAAGGAGAAUGGUUGAAUAAUAAAAUACAUGGAUAGGGAGUUUAUCAUUGGAUUGAUGGAAGAGGCUAUAUUGGAUAAUGGAAAAAUGGAAUGAUGAAUGGACAAGGCGAAUAUAGUUGGAUCGACGGUCGCAAAUAUAUUGGAAAUUAUUUGAAUGAUCAAAAACAUGGUUAUGGAGUCUAUCGUUGGGUGGAUGGUAAGGAAUAUAGAGGGGAGUGGCAAUUUGGUUAAUAAAAUGGAGAGGGAACUUAUAUAACUGUGGAUGGUAAGAGUAGGAAAGGAUAAUGGUAGGAUGGCAAACUAGUUAAAUGGAUUAAAUGA